AUGUCGAUCCCAAACCAAGCACUCGAGAAGUUGAUCCGUGAGAUCGAGAGUCAGGCCAUUGUGGCCCAGCAGCAAAUCGGCCAGGCUCGCACACAAAUGACGGCAAAGCAACGAGAAAUGCGCAUGGUUCGCUUGACCUUGGACGAGGUAGCAACCUUGCCUCCCAACUCCGGCAUCUAUGAAGGUGUUGGCAAGAUGUUUGUCUCGAUGCCCACUCCAAAAUUGGCGGAAAAGCUCGAGGGCCAAAUCAAGGAGAAGGAGGGCGAGGUCGAGAAACUGAGCCAGAAGCUGCAUUACCUGGAAACCACAUUCAAGAACAGCCGGCAACAUAUCGAUCAGAUGCUCAAGGCUCAGUCAUGA